AUGAACCAACAGAAAGAUCAAAAACCUGUACUGGCGAUUCCAGUUUCUUUUCCACCUUUUUCCGACUUUACCAACCUCCAUAUUGAUUAUAGCAAAGAAAAUAUAUUAGAAUCAGCAUCUACUUCUAAUUUAUCUAAUGUUUCUAGCGUCUCUAGCAAUGCUCAUUUAAAUAGUAAUGCUUCUAAUAGUAAGUCAUCAAGCAGAUGGACAUCUUCAGAAAUCCAUAUUCUUAUUGAGGAAGUAGGAAAAAAUCAAAAAGCAUUACAGCAAGUAAGAGAUCCAAGACAUAAGGAACGGAUUUGGGACAAAAUUGUUUCGAAUAUACAAGGCUAUACUACUGCAAGUACUGCUUUGAAGGAAUGUUCUAAAACAUCCAUUCAACAAAAAUGGAAGUCACUUCACCAAAAAUAUCGUAGCAUUAAAGAUACAAUUAAGAACACAGGUGAAGAAGCAGUUCAAACUGAAUGGGAGUUUUUUAAUGAUAUGGAAGAGUUUUUAAAGAAUAAUCCUAGUAUUAGUGCGCCAGUAACAAGUGAUUCGAUCAGUGGAAUAAAGCGCAAACAAAAUAAUUAA